GUCAAAGAUGUAAUGAAAAACAUCAUGGCUGGGUUGCAACAGACAAACAGUGAAAAGAUCUUACUGAGCUGGGUCCGCCAGUCAACUCGCAAUUACCCGCAGGUCAAUGUUAUCAAUUUCACCACUAGCUGGUCUGAUGGAUUGGCUUUCAACGCUCUCAUCCACAGUCACAGACCAGAUCUGUUUGAUUGGAACAGUGUGGCUUGCCAACAAUCAGCUGUACAACGGUUAGACCAUGCCUUCAACACUGCCAAACGGCACUUGGGUAUUGAGAAACUCCUUGAUCCUGAAGAUAUUGCAACUGCCUAUCCAGAUAAGAAGUCAAUCUUAAUGUACGUGACAUCACUCUUCCAAGUUCUACCCCAGCAAGUCACCAUUGAAGCCAUCCAGGAAGUGGAAACAUUGCCACGGCAAUCAAAGGUCACUAGAGAAGAACACAUACAAUUACGUCAUCAACAACGCUUCUCUGAACAGAUCACAGUCAGUGUAGCACAAGGUCAUGUGCACACCCCUUCACCACCUCCUAAACCUCGCUUCAAAAGCUAUGCGUACACACAAGCUGCUUAUGUCAUGUCCUCUGACCAAAAAGGGAGGCAGUUCCCUCCACAGUAUUUGGACACUCCUGAAGACAGGUCAUUUGGCAGUUCACUGAUGGAGGUAGAAGUGGACCUGGACAGCUACCAAACAGCUUUAGAAGAAGUACUCACAUGGCUUCUCUCUACUGAAGAUGCAUUACAAGCACAAGGAGAUAUAUCCAGUGAUGUAGAAGAAGUCAAAGAGCAGUUUCACACCCAUGAGGGCUUUAUGAUGGAAUUAACAGCUCACCAGGGACGUGUUGGUAAUGUUUUGCAAGUGGGGAGUCAACUUAUAACAGUUGGGAAGCUUUCAGAUGAUGAAGAAAAUGAAAUCCAAGAACAAAUGAAUCUGCUUAAUUCUCGUUGGGAAAGUCUCAGGGUAGCCAGCAUGGAAAAACAAAGCAACUUACAUAAAAUUCUCAUGGACCUGCAGAAUCAGCAACUAACACAGUUAUCUGACUGGCUAGCAAAAACAGAAGAAAGGACAAAGAAAAUUGAGUCAGAGCCCCUGGGCCCUGAUCUAGAAGACUUAAAACAUCAAGUAGAAGAACACAAGGCACUUCAAGAAGACUUGGAACAGGAACAAGUCAGGGUGAAUUCCCUUACUCAUAUGGUAGUUGUGGUGGAUGAAAGUGGUGGAGAUAAAGCUACUGCUGCACUGGAAGAACAACUUCAGGAUCUGGGAGACCGGUGGGCAGCCAUUUGUAGAUGGACAGAGGAUCGCUGGGUCCUUCUGCAGGAUAUUCUUCGGAAGUGGCAGCAAUUUGCUGAGGAGCAGUGCCUUUUCGAUUCAUGGCUUACAGAGAAAGAGGAUGCAGUGAGCAGGAUUCAUACAAUUGGCUUUAAAGAUCAGAAUGAAAUGCUUGCCAGUCUGCGAAAGUUGGCUAUCUUAAAAGGAGAUCUAGAAAUGAAGAGACAAACAAUGGGUAAGCUGAGCUCACUCAUGCAGGACCUCCUGUCAGCAGUAAAGACUAAAGCAGUGGCUCAAAAGCUGGAAGGUCGGCUGGAAAACUUUGCCCAACGUUGGGAUAGGCUUGUGCAGAAGCUGGAGAGCAAUUCUAAGCAGAUUUCACAGGCUGUCACCGCCGCUCAGACAUCACUAACACAGACAACUGUAAUGGAAACUGUAACUAUGGUGACCACCAGAGAACAAAUCCUGGUUAAGCAUGCUAAAGAAGAACUCCCACCACCUCCACCACACAAGAAGAGACAGAUCCUAGUGGAUUCAGAAAUUAGGAAGAGGUUUGACGUCGAUACAACAGAACUACACAGUUGGAUGACCCGCUCAGAAGCUGUACUUCAGAGCCCCGAGUUUGCAAUAUAUAGAAAAGAAGGCAACCUGUCAGACCUCAGAGAAAGAGUCAAUGCCAUCGAGCGAGAAAAGUCUGAGAAGUACAGGAAACUGCAAGACACCAGCAGAUCAGCGGAGGCCUUGGUGGAACAGAUGGUGAAUGAGGGUCUUAAUGCUGACAACAUCAAACAAGCCUCAGAGCAGUUGAACAGUCGCUGGAUUGAGUUCUGUCAGUUGCUGAGUGAGAGACUGGCGUGGCUGGAGUACCAAAAUAACAUCAUUGCCUUCUACUCCCAGCUGCAGCAACUGGAGCAGGCAGCAAUUACUGCUGAAAACUGGCUGAAAGCACAACCUACACCAGCAGCAGAUCCUGCUACAGUAAAAAUACAGUUAGAAAAGUGCAAGGAUGAAGUCUCCCGGUUGUCAGCCCUUCAGCCUAAAAUUGUGCAGCUAAAGCUUCAAAGUAAAGCACUGAAAGAAAAAGAGCAAGGGCCAAUGUUCCUUGAUGCAGACCUUGUAGCUUUUACUAACCACUUCAAACAAGUUUUUGCUGAUGUACAGGCCAGAGAGAAACAGCUACAGACCAAUUUUGACAGUUUGCCUCCUGCACACUAUAAGGAGAUAAUGAACACUAUCCUUUUGUGGAUCCAGCAGUCAGAGACCAAACUCUCCAUACCUCAGGUUAUUGUCACUGAAUAUGAGAUCAUGGAGCAGAGACUCAGGGAGCUAAAGGCUUUGCAAAGCUCUCUACAGGAGCAACAAACUGGCCUAAACUAUCUUAGCACAACUGUGGAAGAGAUGUCCAGGAAAGCCCCUGCAGAGGUCAGCCAGAAAUAUCGAUCUGAAAUUGAGGGGAUCCUUAGCCGCUGGAAGAAGUUAUCAGCUCAGCUGGUAGACCGUUGCCAAAAACUUGAGGACCUGAUGACUAAGCUCCAGCUGUUUCAGAAUGACACUAAAACCCUGAAGAAAUGGAUGGCUGAAGUGGAUGCUUUUCUGAAGGAAGAGUGGCCUGCCCUCGGUGACUCAGAAGCGCUGGAAAAACAGCUUGAACAAUGUACAGCCUUAGUAAAUGAUAUCCAGACAAUCCAGCCCAGUUUGAACAGUAUUAAUGAGGUUGGGAAGAAAAUGAAGAAUGAAGCAGAGCCAGAAUUUGCUUCCAGAAUACAGACAGAACUAAAAGAACUCAACGCUCAAUGGGAACACAUUUGCCAACAGGCCUAUGCUAAGAAGGCAGCACUAAAAGGUGGUUUGGAUAAGACUGUUAGUCUUCGAAAGGAUUUGUCAGAGAUGCAUGAAUGGAUAACACAAGCUGAAGAAGAAUACCUGGAGAGGGAUUUUGAAUAUAAAACACCAGAUGAAUUACAGAAAGCGGUUGAGGAACUGAAGAGAGCAAAAGAGGAGGCCACACAGAAAGAGGUGAAGGUGAAGCUACUCACAGACUCUGUGAAUAAUUUUAUAGCAAGAGCUCCACCUGCAGCUCACGAAGCCUUAGAAAAGGAACUUGACAUAUUAAUUACAAACUACCAGCGGCUCUGCAGCAGGCUAAAUGGAAAGUGCAAAACUCUGGAGGAGGUAUGGUCAUGUUGGCGUGAGUUAUUGUCCUACUUGGAGGCAGAAGAUAAAUGGUUGAAUGAGAUGGAGCUGAAACUCAGGGCAACUGAAAAUAUCCAAGGAGGUGCAGAAGAGAUCUCAGAGGCAUUAGAUUCUUUGGAAAGCUUAAUGCGACAUCCAGAAGAUAACCGCAAUCAGAUUCGGGAGCUGGCGCAGACUUUAACUGAUGGUGGAGUCUUGGACGAAUUGAUCAAUGAAAAACUGGAGAAAUUCAGUACUCGAUGGGAAGAGCUGCAACAGGAGGCUGUGAGAAGACAAAAGGUUCUUGAACAGAGUAUCCAGUCUGCCCAGGAAAUUGACAAAACCCUUCGCUUGAUCCAAGAGUCUCUUGCCUUCAUUGACAGACAAUUAACAGCCUACAUUGCAGAGAGAGUUGAUGCUGCACAAGUCCCUCAGGAAGCACAAAAAAUACAAUCUGAUUUGACAAGCCAUGAGAUCAGUUUGGAAGAAAUGAAAAAACGAAGCCAGGGUAAGGAUGCUGCCAAAAGAGUUUUCUCCCAAAUUGAUGUUGCACAGAAAAAACUACAAGACGUCUCCAUGAAGUUCCGCUUGUUCCAGAAGCCAGCCAAUUUUGAGCAGCGUCUACAGGAAUGUAAAAGAAUUUUAGAUGAAGUAAAAUUGCAGGUGCCCAAGUUGGAGAUGAAGAGCGUAGAGCAGGAGGUAGUGCAGUCACAGUUGGAUCAUUGCAUGAAAUUGUAUAAAAGCUUGAGUGAGGUGAAGUCUGAAGUGGAAACAGUGAUAAAAACUGGACGUCAGAUUGUUCAGAAACAACAGACAGAGAACCCCAAAGAACUGGAUGAAAGACUUACAGCUUUGAAGCUGCAGUAUAAUGAAUUGGGCGCUCUGGUGACAGAAAAAAAACAAGAGUUAGAGAAAUGUUUGAAAUUGUCCCGGAAGCUACGAAAGGAAAUGAAUGCUCUGACAGAGUGGCUGGCAGUGACAGAUGCAGAAUUGACAAAGAGAUCGGCGGUGGAGGGAAUGCCUACUAAUUUGGAUGCUGAAGUUGCCUGGGGCAAGGCAACACAGAAGGAGAUUGAAAAACGCCAGCUCCAUCUAAAGAGCAUCAGUGAUCUAGGAGAGGGUUUGAGGACGGUGCUUAAGGAAAAAGAAGGUCUAGUGGAUGAUAAGCUCAGCCUUCAGAAAAGUAACUGGAUAGCAGUAACUUCACGAGCUGAGGAGUGGUUCAAUCUAUUGUUGGAAUAUCAAAAGCAAAUUGAGACAUUUGAUCAGAAUGUAGCUAACAUCACAACCUGGAUGUAUCGUUCUGAAAUAUUAUUGGAUGAAUCUGAAAAACAAAAAUCUCAGCAAACAGAGGAAGUUCUUAAGCGCUUAAAGGCUGAGCUGAAUGAUAUGCGUCCAAAGGUGGACUCUGUGCGUGACCAGGCAGUAGACUUGAUGACAAACCGUGGAGAUCACUGCAGGAAAGUAAUAGAGCCUAAAGUGUCAGAGCUCAACCAGCAAUUUGCAGCUAUAUCACAAAGAAUUAAGAGUGGAAAGCCUUUCAUUCCUUUGAAGGAAUUGGAGCAGUUUAACUUUGAUAUGCAAAAAUUGCUUGAACCACUGGAGGCUGAAAUUCAGCAAGGAGUGAAUCUGAAAGAGGAAGACUUCAAUAAAGAUAUGAGUGAAGACAAUGAGGGUACUGUAAAAGAAUUGCUGCAAAGGGGAGACACUCUACAGCAAAGCAUCACAGAUGAGAGAAAACGAGAGGAAAUAAAGAUAAAGCAACAGCUGUUGCAGACUAAACAUAAUGCUCUCAAGGAUUUGAGGUCUCAAAGAAGAAAAAAGGCUUUAGAGAUUUCUCAUCAGUGGUAUCAGUACAAGAGGCAGGCUGAUGACCUAUUGAAAUGGUUGGAUGACAUUGAGAAAAAGUUAGCCAGUCUACCAGACCCCAAAGAUGAACAGAAGCUAAAGGAAAUUGAUGGAGAAUUGGAGAAGAAGAAAGAAGAUCUGAAUGCGGUGCACAGGCAAGCUGAUCGCUUGUCUAAGAAUGGGGCUGCAAAAGCAGUGGAGCCAACCCUGAUACAGCUCAGCAAGCGCUGGCGAGAUAUUGAGAGCAAAUUUGCUCAGUUUCGAAGACUCAACUAUGCACAAAUUCAAACAGUUUAUGAAGAGACAACAGAUGUGGUGACUGAAGGUAUGACUGUGGAAACCACUUAUGUGCCUUCUGCAUACCUGGCAGAGAUCCUUCGACUCCUGCAAGCCUUGUCUGAAGUGGAAGACCUCCUUAACUCUCCUGAUCUGCAGGGUAGGGACUGUGAGGAUCUCUUCAAACAAGAAGAGUGUCUCAAGAAAGUUAAAGAUAGCCUGGGGAGAUUCUCAGGUCAGAUUGAGGUUAUUCGCAGCAAGAAGACAUCAGCUUUGCAAAGUGCCACACCUGGGGAAGCUGCAAAGAUACAGGAAAAGCUGACUCAGCUUAAUUUCCAAUGGGAAAAAGUUAACAAGAUGUACAGGGACCGACAGGCACGCUUUGACAGAGCUGUGAAGAAGUGGCAGUGUUUCCACCAUGACAUGAAGAAUUUUAGUCAGUGGCUAACUGACACAGAACAGAAUUUGGCUAGAGCACAAACAGGUACCAGGGACCCGGAUCAAGCCAAAAUAAAGCAGUACCUCAAGGAGCUCCAUGAUGGCAUCGGACGACAGCAAACUGUUAUCAGAACAUUAAAUAUAACUGGUGAAGAAAUUAUUGAGCAGUCAUUAACAGCAGAUGCUAAUGUACUAAGGGAAAAGCUGGGUAGCCUGAAUUUUCGGUGGGAGGAAGUCUGCAGGCAGCUGGCAGAGAGAAGAAAGAGACUGGAGGAAGAAAAGAAUAUUUUAUCAGAAUUGCAAGAAGAUUUAAAUGAGUUCAUUUUAUGGUUAGAGGAAGCAGACAGCAUUGUUGGUAUUCCUCUUGAACCGGGAAAUGAACAACAGUUAAAAGACUCUCUUGAAAAAGUGAAGUUAAGAGUGGAAGAGCUGCCUCCACACAAGGGAAUAUUGAAACGAUUAACUGAAACUGGAGGAAUAGCACUUGGAAGUACAUCACUGAACCCAGAAGAAAAACAUAAGCUUGAAAAUAGGCUCAAGGAGGCUAACCAUCGCUGGAUAAAGGUAUCCAAAGAUCUACCGGAGAAAGAAAAAGAAAUUGAGCAUCUGCUAAAUAAUUUCACCCAGUUUGAACAACAGUUAAGUCAGCUGAUAUUGUGGGUAUCUCCCGUCAAGGAUCAAUUAGAACUUUACAACCAAGUGGGCCAACUAGGAGCUUUCAAUAUUAAGGAAACUGAAGCAGCAGUUCAAGCUAAACAGCCGGAUGUGGAAGGGGUUUUGUCUAAAGGGCAUCAUUUAUAUAAGGAAAAACCAGCCACUCAUCCAGUAAAGAGAAAAUUAGAAGACUUGAGUGCUGACUGGACAGCAGUAAACCAUUUAAUUCAAGCACUAAAGGGAAAGCCAGCUUCAGGAGCACCUGGACUUAUCCCUUCUGGUUUCCAAACUUCUGGUCAAACUGUUACUGUGGUUACACAAACCGUGGUAACCAAGGAAACCACCAUCUCCAAAGUAGAAAUGCCAUCUUCCUUGCUUCUGGAGGUGCCAGCUCUGGCUGACUUUAAUAAGGCCUGGGCAGAACUCACUGACUGGCUUUCUUUACUGGAUCGAGUGAUAAAAUCCCAGAUAGUGACAGUGGGUGAUCUUGAUGACAUCAACGACAUGAUCAUCAAACAAAAGGCAGCACUACAGGAAUUGGAGCAAAGGCGUCCCCAACUGGAGGAGCUAAUAACUGCAGCACAGAAUCUAAAAAACAAGACCAGCAAUCAAGAGGCCAGAACAAUCAUUACUGAUAGCAUUGAAAAGAUCCAGAGCCAGUGGGACGAAGUACAGGGACACCUUCAAAGCCGCAGGCAGCAGCUACAUGAAAUGUUAAAGGAUUCAACACAAUGGUUGGAAGCCAAACAAGAAGCUGAGCAGGUUCUAGAACGGGCCAAAGUCAAGCUUGAGUCAUGGAAGGAGAUUUCCUAUACUGUGGAAGCUCUGAAAAAGCAGAACACCGAACUUAAGCAAUUUUCAAAAGAGCUGCGGCAGUGGCAAAUACAUGUGGAUGUGGCGAAUGACAUGGCACUUAAGCUUCUCCGUGAUUAUUCAACAGAUGACACCAGAAAAGUAGAACUGAUGACAGAUAACAUUAAUACCAGUUGGGCUACCAUUAAUAAGAGGGUUAGUGAGCGAGAAGCUGAACUGGAAGCAGCUCUAAGGCUGCUGCAACAGUUCUACCUGGAUCUGGAAAAGUUCCUUGCCUGGCUUACAGAAGCAGAGACAACUGCCAAUGUCCUGCAGGAUGCUACACACAAGGAAAGGAUACUAGAGGACACGAAAGAGGUUCGGGAGCUCAUGAAACAGUGGCAGGACCUCCAGACAGAGAUUGAAGCUCAUACUGACAUCUUCCACAAUCUGGAUGAAAAUGGACAGAAAAUCCUGAGAUCCUUGGAAGGCUCUGAUGAUGCAGCAUUGUUGCAGAGACGCCUGGAUAACAUGAACUUCAGAUGGAGUGAGCUUAGGAAAAAAUCUCUAAACAUUAGAUCCCAUUUAGAAGCCAGUUCUGACCAGUGGAAGCGUCUACACCUCUCUCUUCAGGAACUCCUGGCAUGGCUGCAGCUGAAGGAUGAUGAGUUAAAGCAACAAGCACCUAUUGGUGGGGAUCUUCCCACCGUGCAGAAGCAGAAUGAUACACACAGGGCCUUCAAGAGGGAGUUGAAAACUAAAGAACCUGUUAUCAUGAGUGCACUUGAAACAGUACGAGUGUUCCUGGCAGAGCAGCCUCUGGAGGGACUGGAGAAGCUCUACCAGGAGCCUAGAGAGCUGUCUCCUGAAGAAAGGGCCCAGAAUGUAACCAAACUCCUCCGAAGACAGGCAGAUGAGGUCAAAACUGAAUGGGAUAAACUGAACCUGCAUUCUGCUGACUGGCAAAAGAAGAUAGACGAGGCUCUUGAAAGACUGCAGGAGCUCCAGGAGGCAAUGGAUGAACUGGACCUGAAGUUGCGCCAGGCUGAAGUGACCAAGGGUUCCUGGCAGCCAGUGGGGGAUCUGCUAAUUGACUCUCUGCAGGAUUACCUAGAAAAAGUCAAGGUUUACCGAGCAGAAAUUGCACCCAUUAAAGAAAAUGUGAAUCAUGUCAAUGACCUUGCUCACCAGUUCACCUCCUCUGAUAUACAGCUUUCUCCAUAUAAUCUCAACUGCCUGGAAGACCUGAACACAAGGUGGAAGCUUCUACAGGUGGCCAUUGAUGAGCGCAUCAGACAGUUGCAUGAAGCCCACAGGGAUUUUGGCCCUACAUCUCAGCACUUCCUUUCCACUUCUGUCCAGGGUCCCUGGGAGAGGGCAAUCUCACCAAACAAAGUGCCCUACUAUAUCAACCAUGAGACACAAACGACCUGCUGGGAUCAUCCUAAAAUGACUGAGCUGUACCAGUCUUUAGCUGACCUGAACAAUGUCAGAUUCUCGGCUUACAGAACUGCCAUGAAACUUCGAAGACUGCAGAAAGCCCUCUGCUUGGAUCUCCUGAGUCUGUCUGCUGCAUGUGAUGCCUUGGACCAGCACAACCUCAAACAGAAUGACCAGUCGAUGGAUAUCCUUCAGAUCAUUAACUGCUUGACCACCAUUUAUGAUCGACUGGAACAAGAGCACAAUAACCUGGUCAACGUCCCUCUCUGUGUGGACAUGUGCCUCAACUGGCUGUUGAAUGUCUAUGACACGGGUCGAACAGGAAGGAUUCGUGUCUUAUCUUUUAAAACCGGUGUAGUUUCCCUGUGUAAAGCACAUUUGGAAGAUAAGUACAGAUACCUAUUCAAGCAGGUAGCAAGUUCCACUGGAUUCUGUGACCAGCGCCGACUGGGCCUUCUCCUGCAUGACUCCAUCCAGAUCCCACGACAGCUGGGCGAAGUUGCAUCAUUUGGUGGCAGUAACAUUGAACCUAGUGUUAGGAGCUGCUUCCAGUUUGCCAAUAACAAGCCAGAAAUUGAAGCAGCCCUGUUCUUGGAUUGGAUGAGGCUGGAACCACAGUCCAUGGUAUGGCUGCCAGUGUUGCACAGGGUGGCUGCUGCUGAAACUGCCAAACACCAAGCUAAGUGUAACAUCUGUAAGGAGUGUCCCAUUAUUGGAUUCAGGUACAGAAGCUUAAAGCACUUUAACUAUGACAUCUGCCAAAGCUGUUUCUUUUCUGGCCGAGUGGCAAAAGGCCAUAAAAUGCACUAUCCAAUGGUGGAGUACUGCACACCGACAACUUCAGGAGAAGAUGUCCGCGACUUUGCCAAGGUACUGAAAAACAAAUUCCGAACAAAACGGUAUUUUGCAAAGCACCCAAGAAUGGGCUAUCUGCCUGUGCAAACUGUCUUGGAGGGAGACAACAUGGAAACUCCUGUUACUCUGAUCAACUUCUGGCCAGUAGAUUCUGCGCCUGCCUCGUCCCCUCAGCUUUCACAUGAUGAUACUCAUUCACGCAUUGAGCAUUAUGCUAGCAGGCUAGCAGAAAUGGAGAACAGCAAUGGAUCUUACCUAAAUGACAGUAUUUCUCCUAAUGAGAGCAUAGAUGAUGAACAUUUGUUAAUCCAGCACUACUGCCAAAGUUUGAACCAGGAAUCCCCGCUGAGCCAGCCUCGCAGUCCUGCCCAGAUUCUGAUUUCCCUGGAGAGUGAAGAAAGAGGUGAGCUAGAGAGAAUCCUAGCAGAUCUGGAGGAAGAAAACAGAAACCUGCAGGCUGAAUAUGACCGAUUGAAGCAACAACAUGAUAACAAAGGACUUUCUCCACUGCCAUCCCCACCUGAGAUGAUGCCCAUCUCCCCCCAAAGUCCUCGUGAUGCUGAGCUCAUUGCAGAAGCCAAGCUGCUUCGACAGCACAAGGGCCGCCUGGAAGCCAGGAUGCAGAUUCUGGAGGAUCACAACAAACAGCUGGAGUCACAGCUGCACCGGCUGAGGCAGCUGCUGGAACAGCCCCAGGCAGAUUCCAAGGUGAAUGGUACAACACUGUCUUCUCCUUCUACCUCCUUACAGAGGUCAGAUAGCAGUCAGCCAAUGCUUCUCCGCGUAGUCGGCAGCCAGACUUCAGAAACCAUGGGUGAGGAUGACCUGCUCAGCCCUCCCCAGGACACAAGCACAGGGUUGGAGGAGGUGAUGGAACAGCUUAACAAUUCCUUCCCAAGUACAAGAGGCCACAAUGUAGGGAGCCUUUUCCACAUGGCAGAUGACUUGGGCAGAGCAAUGGAAACCUUAGUUACAGUGAUGACUGAUGACAAGGCAUUAGAAUAG